AUGCGCGGAAACACAGGAGACAUCUGUUCGCUCGCAGAUGAGACUGACCGGGAGAGACCGACCGGAAGAGACCGACCGGGAGAGACCGACCGGGAGAGACCGACCGGGAGGGAGACCGACCGGGAGGAGACCGACCGGGAGGAGACCGACCGGGAGGAGACCGACCGGGAGGAGACCGACCGGGAGGAGACCGACCGGGAGGAGACCGACCGGGAGGAGACCGACCGGGAGGAGACCGACCGGGAGGAGACCGACCGGGAGGAGACCGACCGGGAGGAGACCGACCGGGAGGAGACCGACCGGCAGAGAGCGACCGGGAGAGAGCGACCGGGAGAGAGCGACCGGGAGAGAGCGACCGGGAGAGAGCGACCGGGAGAGAGCGACCCGGAGAGAGCGACCGGGAGAGAGCGACCCGGAGAGAGCGACCCGGAGAGAGCGACCCGGAGAGAGCGACCGGGAGAGAGCGACCGGCAGAGACCGACCGGCAGAGACCGACCGGCAGAGACCGACCGGCAGAGACCGACCGGCAGAGACCGACCGGCAGAGACCGACCGGCAGAGACCGACCAGCCGUAUGCCUUCCAACCACGCACGUUUUUUUUUUCUCUUCUAUUUUUAUGCAAUGAAUAAAAUAGCCCCACGGCCGUUUCACUAUUAUUACAAGACAAGUGCAUGA